UGCAGCGUGACCGGAACAACAAGAUGGCGGAGAAUGGGGAGUUUCGGGAGUCAAUCCUGUAACACAGACUUCAGCUUACUGACUGGUGAAACCACCGUGUGGCACCACACCGAAGCCAGCAUGAGCCUCCAGCAGCCAGCCCCUCUCAUGCCCCCUGUCCACCCUGAUGUACAGAUGAAACCUCUGCCCUUCUAUGAUGUCCUGGACGUUCUAAUUAAGCCUUCAAGUCUAGGAGCAAGUACUGCACAGAGGUACCACCAAGAAAAAUAUUUUAUCUUUGCUUUGACACCACAGCAAGUUCGAGAAGUAUGCAUAUCCCGGGACUUUCUACCAGGUGGCAGAAGGGACUAUAUGGUUCAAAUUCAACUGAGGUUCUGCUUGUCAGAGACGAGCUGUCCUCAAGAGGAUAAUUAUCCAAACAGUCUAUGUGUCAAGGUCAAUGGAAAACUUUUCCCUUUGCCAGGUUAUGCGCCACCACCAAAAAACGGCGUGGAACAGAAAAGACCCGGAAGACCACUAAACAUUACUUCCCUAGUGAGACUCUCGUCUGCAGUACCCAAUCAGAUUUCAGUGACAUGGGCACCUGAAAUUGGAAAAACCUAUUCUAUGUCUGUGUACCUGGUGAGGCAACUGACAUCGCCACUUCUGCUACAGAGGCUCAGGAUGAAGGGCAUCAGAAACCCAGACCACUCCAGAGCACUAAUUAAAGAGAAGCUGACAGCAGAUCCAGACAGUGAGAUUGCCACAACAAGUCUUCGAGUGUCACUUAUGUGCCCGCUGGGUAAGAUGCGACUGACAGUGCCAUGCAGGGCGGUGACGUGCUCCCAUCUGCAGUGUUUUGAUGCUGCCCUCUACCUGCAGAUGAAUGAGAAGAAGCCAACCUGGAUCUGCCCUGUAUGUGACAAGAAGGCUGCAUACGAAAGUCUCAUCAUUGACGGUUUAUUCUUGGAGAUCCUGAAUGACUGCUCAGAUGUGGAUGAAAUAAAGUUCCAAGAGGAUGGAACAUGGUGCCCCAUGAGACCAAAAAAAGAUGCUGUCAAGGUUCCCUCUCAGUCACUUCCAAAAAUUGAACCCUCAGCUCCUUUGCGCCAGCCUUCAGUGGUCCCCCAUUCUACUGAGCCCAGUUCCACCAAAAAAGCUGAUGUGAUUGAUUUGACUCUGGAAAGCUCCUCUUCCUCUGAUGAUGAAGAUGACUCAGACCCUCCACUGAAGAAACAAUGUGUUUACAUUUCCAAAAACGAGGAGAUGCAUGCAAAGGGGGUGUUGACCUACCAGCCCACUGUGCGCGUGCCAAACGUCCAGACCUUGGAUCCAUCAUAUCUGACCUCUACACUUGCUGACUAUGCAGUCCCCUUCCAUCCAUCCACCCUGGCCACCAUCCCUACUGAUAUGCAGAGUCUGGAUUUGUUUUCCUUAAUUCAAGCAGAUCCUCAGCAUUACCGGCCUCAGAUGUUUUUGGAUAACCUGACAAACAGCAUGCAACCUGCAGCCAGCACCAGCUCAGCUCUGGUAUCCUCCUCCAGCAGCCACUAUGACACCAGCACCCAUGCUGCCAGCUCCAUCCAUGAAACCCAGGUCAUCACAGGAGGAAGAGGGGGUGCCAGAGGAGGGACUGACAGCAGCAUAUCAGAUAUCAUUUCGCUUGACUGAGCCACAUCUCACUGGACCUUUUCAGGCCUGUUUUUGCGGCUUUUUAGUGUGGUCUAUAUGUACGUGACAUGUUGAGUUCUGCAAAGAAGCACCCAAAUUGGUAUACAUGAGCAUUUUGAUGACCUGAACAUUUUCGUUUAAAAUUGUAUCCAGGCAGGGGUUUUUUUGCCCUUGGAUUUUCAAAAUUCAAAUGUGGUUUCCUUCCUGUCUUCUACGGUAGGAUGAAAAAUGGUUUGAUGACCAACGACAGCAUCAACUGAAGAUUUAACAUUUUCCAGAAUGAGUCAGUGCAUUGCCAGUUAUCUUGCCCUUGGCAUUCAAGGAAAAUCCUUGUUUGCUGUUAUACCGUUAAUGUCAUGACAUCAUGAAAUGAAAAAGUGUUUUGCCUUGGUUUAGUCCAGCCUAUGUGCCAAUGUGAGGUUGACCAGGAGCAUACUCUGGAUUGGAGUCAAUGGAACUUGCAACUCUUUCACAUUAGUAAUUUAUUUCAAUGUUCAUGUCAAAACAGUACUGCUGAGGAAACUUUGAUUAGUAUUUUCUUUUUAUUUCAUCAUACAUUUUUAUGAUGACUUGAACAACAGCUAGUCUUGUGGCUAGCCUUUAUGCGAGUAGAUUUGUCUUAAUAACCCUUCCCCCUCAGCUCUGCAGAUGUCUUCCUGUCAGAAAGAAAAAUGCCUGAGAUACUUUUUUGUGUUCCUUCAACGUUGGAAAUAUUCAGACCAUUCAACUCCUGAUUUAUACCAUAUUGUUUACUUGCGCAUACAUGUAAACUUGACAUCAGUCUAUUGUGGCCUGGUUGACCUGAACUGUGUGCCUCAUUAGCAUGAAACAGAGUCAGAAUGAAUGAAAAAAGGGCUUGGACUGUUCACAGCAAGAGCUCAACAAUAUUCAUGCAACAUUCUUGCAAGUGAAUGAACGACUGGACAUAGGAAGCACCUCUAAGAAAGACUUGUGGACAGACUCUACACUUUGGAGGUGUCAGACCUCCUCACACACUGUGGACAGGGCUGUUUCUGGCUGUGUACGCUAUCUGCUGGCUGUGUGUCUGCCUGUUUCAUUCACACCAUUAGAAACAUGGAAGGUCAGUAAUUUUUGUUGGUUCACCAGAUAGUCACUACUUUGAUGGGUAGGUUUUUGUUACAGGGCAGCUUUUAUGUCAUACCAAUGUAAAAUAUUCCUUUCUUUCAUUGUAAUUUAAUCAGAGCAAUAAUAAUUUCGAGUUGGUUUAAAAAGUUGUAGUGUGACUCCAGAUGUUCUGUACCACUCGGCCUUCCAAAUAUUCCCCUCAUGUAUGAUCAGCCUGUUGUCUUAUGUUAAUUACAAACAUGACAAACAUAUUGUUCCUGUAGAGAAACAGACUUAAAGGAAUAAUUCAAGUUUCAAGUAAACACACUAAUUUGCUUUUCUUUGAGAGCGAGAUGUUCAGAUGGAUAUCAAUCUCAGGGUUGUGUCCAAAGUCAGCCAGUUCAUCAUUCAUUACUCCAUAUAUAAUGGACAUCAAAUAAUACACACAAUACACAUUUUUACUGAGAAAGCAUGUCAACUUGUUAUUGCAGGAAAAGCACAGGUGGAAGUAAUGGCCCGCAUUCCAUGUGGGUGAGCUUGUUCCUUAGCCCUGGUAUUGGCUGACUGGGAUGCUGGAUAGGACUGAGUCAUUGCUAAUGAAAUUAGUUUCAUCUUUGCUUUGCUUUACUAGCUGUGACAAGUCAACCUGUUGAUCAUUGUUAGCGUUACCUCUGUCAGCUGUUGAGUCAUGCAGCCAUGAGUUUGUAAGUCACAUUUAAAAUGUGGAGCAUUGCAUUGGGGGGAUUGAUGAAUAUCAUGGACAUGGUCUGUUGUAGGGGAACUGUGCAGUGUGUGCAUAAACGCAUUCAAAUAAAGUAGCUGAGUUAAUGGAGUUGACUGUAGUAUAUAGGGAGGGAUUCAGACACAGCCCAGAUGUUGUAAACCUAACUUGGUCGUGUUUAUUUGUUUUGCACAUUUAAACACAACAAAAUACUGAAUCAGUGAAAACAAAUUAAAAACAAAGUAGUCUAUUAGAAACCUUAGAACAAUUCAACCUUUGCAUCAAAAGUAAUCCAAAUCUGUAUAGCAUUAAUUACAAGGGUAGCUUAGCAUCAAGAAUGGAAAUGGCUUACCUGGAUUAGACAGAAGUUCAGAACUACACCUACCAAUACCUCUAAAGCUCAGUAAUUGUGCGAUAUCUGAAGCUGUUUCCCCAUUUAUACUGAGCUAGACUAACUGUGUUCUGACUUCAGUUCUGCUGCUAACAGACAUGAGAGUGACAUUCAUCUCCUCAUCUUGCUCUCACAAUAUUUAGCCAUAUAUUGAACUGCCACAUUUGUGAAAAAGAAAAAUCUUUGACCAGUAUCAGGCAGUUUAAAGGAUUUUGACGAGCUGUAAAUUACAGUGUUUACUUGUAUUGAAGUUAGUGUUAAAAUUCUGACAAAUUUAUCCUGCAAAAAGUCUCUUGUUCUUCCCUUCAGUUGCCAUUUAAAAGUCCUUUAAUUCUUUUAAACUGUGACGUCUGCUAUUUUUGGAUUUUGCUGUAUGUCAAUGAUGCUAUGUGUUGCUGUCUGGGAAGAACAGACAUGACAUGAACAUUUCUCAGUGUUAACACCGACGCUCAAGCCCACUUACUCGUAGUUGACAGCAGGCAGCAACAUACAGAUUGGAAACAGAGCAGCUACUGUAUCAUAACUACAUCAUCUGGAUUGCUUGUUGUUUAUGUGAACUCCCAGCUAUUGGAAGUUUAAUCUCAGGGACCUACAGUCUGCUUUUCUGGGCUUGAACAGUGUAAGUUAAUUAAAAUAUAGACACAUAGUAACAAUGCUGUCAGCAUCUGUACCAAAAAUACAGAUGUUGAUAUCAAAGUAAGGCUAAUGUAAAAAUAUUUUUAGGUCAGUGUAUCUUUUUUAUUCAAACAUUAUGCCAAGGAGGUUUGGCAUUUACAAGUUGACAUGUUAGGGCAGUGAUAAGUCUACCAAAUUACAAGAAGAUAGAGAAAACUUUACUUGGCUUUAGUGGUAUCUAUCUAUGGAAAUGUUUUUCAUUCAUGUGAAAAAGUUUUGUAAUAUGUCUUUGAGAUUUUACUCUCCACACAAUUUAGUUGCUUAUUAAGACAUGGCACUUAGUGGGUUUUUACCGUCAUUAUUCCUGCUUCUCUCUGUAUUUCACAGACUGGAGACAGUCUUAAUUAGAACUCCUAUGAAAACUGUCAGCAAAACCAUUGUUGCUGAUCCCACUUGCCUCCAUUCUGUUGGGGUGGAAGCAUAAAUCUCACACAAACAUCGCAAAGCCUGGAUGAAAAUGCUUCUGCAUGGGGACAUACUAUUGGUUGUACAUGGGAAAAUACAAUUUUUGAAAAUUUUGCUCAACCGAGACCUGGAAAGAAGGGCAUAAUAAAAAUUGAAAUGUGCAAGAUCAAGAUGAUGAACACCUUUUCCCACCUGCUCAAAUAGGAAACACUCAUUCGUGGAGAGUGCUUGCAGAAAGGUCAUCAACUUGUGAAAAUACUGAUUAUAUUAAGAGUCUCGAUUCACCUGUUGUGGGUUUUUUGUACUCUUUAUACUUUAUGGACUUUGAAACAUAUUCCAGAUCACUUUAGAGUUUCUUUUUUGACACCAUAUUAACAGAGUCACAGAUGACGCCCUCUUUUGUUUUGCUCAAAUUCUGGAAGUUUAUUACAGGAUGGUUUAUUUGUAAAUUGUCUUUGUUUUCCUGUAUCUGUAAGCGUGCAGCAAUUUGCAGUGUGGUACCAUGUAUAAAUCCUUUUGUUUUUUUUAAUAAUUAAAGGUUUUUGUUUUUUUUA